AUGGUACACAAUUGUAGGAGGAGAUGGGAGGGCGCUUCAGCGGCUCCAGAUGCCACGAUUUUCAUUCCUGCUUUUGAUUUCGACACUAGGGACAAGAGUGAGAGGUCACCGCCAAGUUCGUCCUCAGACGGAGCCAGCAACGCAUCAGCCGUGGGCGAUAGCACCUCUCCACCUUCUCCGCCAUCAUCCCCAGACAGAGCCAGCAAUGCACCAGCCGUGGGCGAUGGCGGAAACUGCGGCACACCAAAAAAAGGCCGGGGACAAACAUUCCUGAGAGGACUCGGAAUCUCCACUGACGAUUUAUCGAUGUCGUCAGUCGCCCUUGCUCGCGGGAUGAAACAUCUUGUCAUCGAACGUUUGCUCCUAAAGACCGUCCUUGGCGAUCACGAAGAGACGGACGCCAAUAAUCGCGAGAUGAGCAUCGCUGGAAUAACAUCCCUUUCGCUGUUUGUAUGUCGUCAGUGGCGCAUGCUACCUUAUGCUCACAUUCCAACUUUCAUCCGAGAAUUGCAAAGCUAUGACAAACUGCUAAAUCUUGCUAAAGAUACGACGCCCUGGAUGAAGGAAGCCCAACUUCAUUACGAUAGUCAAGGUAAUCGCGCAAAGCGAAAACGACCGCAGGAGGCUUUGAGCUGGGAGGCCGCCUCCCAGCCAUUGGCAACUACUGUGCACACAACUUCAUCGCACUAUUCUGCUCCAAUGGCUCCUCCUACCUCUCGCCGCAAGUUGAUACGACACUCAGGUGAACCCGCAUAUGCUUCCAGUCAAUCAUACUCGCAAUCUGUCAUCACCCCUCCACCAGAAAGCCUCGCACACAACCAUCAGACUGAACACUCAAGUUACUCAUAUGGACGUCCCAUACCACAGGGGAAUGAGUCGAGAUUAUGCUCAGGAGCGGGAAACGGCGAAUAUCCUCAGCAGCCGCAGGCUCAAGAAGUUCUAGGCCAUUAUAGGGGACCGUAG